AUGCACAGCAAUGGGCUAGCACAAGGCGAGUCCGAGGACGACGUGUUUGCUGAAGGCUCGAAAUUCGUGUCGCUGAACAAUGUGUCGUGGACGGGUGGUACUACGUGCCAGUCCCGUGCGAGGAAAACUAAAGAAGUGCGGAAGGGGAAACGUUCGACACCCGUGCGCACGGGCAAGAAAAGCCGCGCUGAUGCACUUGCUGAUGGCGGUUGUGGAGCAGACAAAGACACUCAUGACAAUGGACAACAUGCACAUGACGAAACCCUUUUAGCUGCUGCCGCCUCUAUCAACCCCUCCUCCGCCCAUCUCACCGCGGCGACGCAUCAGCUCGCCGCCUCUCAGUCGGUCCCUGGCCUGCCCUCCGCCUCUGCCUCCCUUUCAGCUGCUGCCGCCUCUAUCAACCCCUCCUCCGCCCAUCUCACCGCGGCGACGCAUCAGCUCGCCGCCUCUCAGUCGGUCCCUGGCCUGCCCUCCGCCUCUGCCUCCCUUUCAGCUGCUGCCGCCUCUAUCAACCCCUCCUCCGCCCAUCUCACCGCGGCGACGCAUCAGCUCGCCGCCUCUCAGUCGGUCCCUGGCCUGCCCUCCGCCUCUGCCUCCCUUUCAGCUGCUGCCGCCUCUAUCAACCCCUCCUCCGCCCAUCUCACCGCGGCGACGCAUCAGCUCGCCGCCUCUCAGUCGGUCCCUGGCCUGCCCUCCGCCUCUGCCUCCCUUUCAGCUGCUGCCGCCUCUAUCAACCCCUCCUCCGCCCAUCUCACCGCGGCGACUCAUCAGCUCGCUGCUCGGAUCUCUCCCUCUGCUGCCUAUGUGCAUGACUCUGUUCCUGCACAGUCCAGGCCCGCCGUUGCACCUGGAUGGACCUCCCUGCCACCUGCUCCCAGUGCUCUCUCACCCUCUACCUCCUAUAUCAAUCCUGAGUUCCACCCCACCAACUCAGGUCAGCCUGGCUCCGGCCUCAUCCCACCAGCCUCCGCAACUCCUGCUGCUGUAGUGGCGCCCCCUGCUACACAAUUGCAGCCGUCCGGACUCCCAUGGACACUUCGUGUGCGCAAACAGAAGUCCGCUCUCCCAGACCCUGGACCAUCACAUGUGGAGGCUGGGUCGGAUGAAGACUCCGACGAUGAUGACUCUUUGGAGAAUCAAGCUGAGCAUGGUGGUGAACAGCGGCCUGUUGCAACCAGUACUUCGCGAGCCAUUCUUGAGGCCGCGCAAGCUCAAAUCCGACAACAGGCGCGACGCAUAGCUGAGCUGGAGAAUCAGCUACCUCAGCAAAAAGGCCCUCAUGCUGGCAGUCACGCCAUGGUUCAGCGCCAGGCUAAUUUGCCCAGCCCUUCCCAACAGUUGCCGGUUGCACCCCAGCUUGCUCCUUCAACCACUCGACCUUGCACCCAGCCGAAUGCAACACACCCCCUGAUUUUCUCACCAGUGGUGUGGCCACGAACGCAUGCCGCUUUUAGCCGUGCUGUGGCAAAGGCGCACAUCAAGCGGCAGGCCAUCGACUGCUCUGCAAUGUCGCCACGGCAAUGCGGGUGGUACAAUAACGUCAUCACGGCGUUGAAUGCUUUUCCGGAUGUGCACGAUGACCUUAAGGAAUACGUGGAUGAGGCUCUUGAUAUCAUGUUUUUUGACACCCCAGUCACUGAUUUUACAAUGUGGCCUAGUACCGAACGCCUAGAGGCAGCCUUGCGCAGGGCCCUAGGCCUCACAGAGCCGGAGGAGCAUUUCAUCGUGCGUAUUGUUCUGAAAGCUGACAAAUACAGGAACGGCUACAUCCGUGAUUUGAUUCAAGCGUUUCGCAACGAUGCCUUGACGGAUGGGCGCAAUUGGGUGUACGAUGCCUUCGACUUGCACGUGCCAAGACCGAGGCUUGGUGGGAAGAGAGAAGGCACCCUCACGACCGUGCUGUUCUUGGACCUGUACGCUGAAAGUGAGCAUGACUUUACACUCCUAUCAGACCCCCGCCCCUACCCCACCAAAGUCACAGCCCGGUCCUAA